AUGUCCACCAAUAUCUGUUUAUGUGGUAAAAACAAAUUAAGACUAAAUGACACCAAUUGGAAGAGACAUUUAACUGCAUAUAAUAUUGCAAAAUUGAAAAAAUCUAACCUAGUCAACGAUGUCUCUAGUUUUAUUUCUAAAAAACGUGUAAAUAAUGUAGAACAUACUCAGCGGCAGAAAAUUAAUUUAGUUCCUCAUUGUUCUAAUUCUGGUGCUGAUACCAAUACAGAUUGUAAUAUUGAACUUGGUGAUAAUUCUACUGCAGCUCAAUAUGAUAAAGUUAUUAAUUCAGAAACAGCAAUAAUUGAUUCAGAUUCAAGUAGUUUCCAACGUUUUCCCAAUGAUCCAGCAUUAAUAUUGCCAACAAGUUCAAACACAAUUAUAAGAGAGUCUGAAGUUUCUUCAAUCAUAGCAUCGAGUACUGGUGCUGAUACCAAUACAGAUUGUAAUAUUGAACUUGGUGAUAAUUCUACUGCAGCUCAAUAUGAUAAAGUUAUUAAUACAGAAACAGCAAUUAUUGAUUCAGUGUCGAGUAGUUUCCAAAGUUUUCCUAAUGAUCCAGCAUUAAUAUUGCCAACAAAUUCAAACGAAUAUUUUGCUUAUUUAGCCAGUUAACAUCCAUGCCAGCCGUUACCAGCAGAACUAAAAAAUCAAGUGUUUCCUAAACGAAAACAGGGUGAAUGGAUUAGAUCAUUUCACGAACAGCAUUAUAAUAAAAAAAUUGCUCCUGGAGAUUUUGUAGUAAGAAAUUGGGUUUCUUAUUCUCCUUCUGAAGACAAAGUAUACUGUAUUGUUUGUAAACUUUUUGGAACAACUCAUUCCAAGUGUAACCAACUUGCAAAAUGUGGAUCGAAUGAUUGGAGACAUAUUGCCUACAAACUUAAAGUGCACGAAUGUUCAACAGACCACUUGCAGUCUGAAAUUAGAAGAGCCAUGUAUAUUAGUAAUCAGAGAGUGAAUAUUACCACAUUAGGACUCCCCAACUCUAUUGUUGCAGAAAAUAGAGAAAUAGUAAAAAUAAUUUUUGAUGUUUUAAUUUACUUAGCUCGACAAAACUCUGCAUUUCGAGGACACAAUGAAAGCUGGAGCUCUAAAAACCAAGGAAAUUUCUUAGAAUUGUUAAAAUUAAUGUCAAAACAUAAUGCUUUACUUAAAUCUCAUUUAAGUAAAAUUACAAAUGCUUCAAAAAAAAAUCGUAUAACAUUUCUCUCCAGCGACAGUCAAAAUACAAUGUUAAAUGUACUUGGUGAAAUAGUUCGAUUAGAAAUUUUAAAAAAAGUAAAAAAAGCUCGGGUGUUUUCUAUUAUUAUAGACACAACUACCGACGUGGCUAACCUGGAACAGUUUUCACUUGUAUUGCGUUUUGUUAAUGAUGAUCAUCAGCCUGAAGAACGCCUUAUCGCAGUUAAAGUAGCAAGUGAUGCAUCUGGAAAAGGUUUGUUUGAUUUAUUUUGCGAGAUUUGUAAUCUUUACGAAUUGGAUUGGGAAAAUAAUUUAUGUGCUCAGUCAUAUGAUGGAGCUGCCUGUAUGCAAGGUCAAUAUUCUGGAGUGCGUUCAUACAUACAGGACAAAAAUCCUCAAGCCAUAUAUAUUUGGUGCUUUUCUCACAUACUAAAUCUUGUAAUUGUUGAUACAUGUGAUAAAAGAACAAGUAUGAGAAACUUCUUUGGUGAAUUGCAAUCAGUAAUAAGUUUUAUGAGAGCAAGGAAACGUACUGCUAUAUUUAAAGAACAACAAAUAAAAGUUUAUCCUGAUCAAAGAGUCUGUCGCAUUAAAAAUUUUUCUACAACUCGAUGGACUUCCCACGAUCGAGCAAUUUCAAUUAUUCAUGAUAAGUAUGAAGCACUAUUGAUGACUUUAGAAGAAUUAACCAAUUCACCAGAUCGAGAUUGCUCUUCAACAGCUAAAAACUUACAUAUCAUCAUAUCUUCAUUCACGUUUGUCCUAAAUUUAAAGUUAAUGAAAAAAAUAUUUUGUUAUACCACUUCAUUAUCAGUCUACCAACAAUCGCCAUAA